AUGGAAUCAGUCUCGAAGAUUUCGACUCUGGUCGAUCCUGCUCGAGACCUGACAGUCGAAGCUGCUCAGGCUGUCGGAGCCAAAUUGAAGAAUGGCUCCUCCUCUCGAAACAUACCCUUCGUCAAGAUGAAGGCAUUACUUGACAGUCGGAGUGAUCGAGAUAUUAUCGAUGGCUUGAAACGAGUUAUUAGUAUGAUCUACCAGAACAAACCGUGCCUACCUUAUUUCUCCUCUGUUGUCAAAAACGUUGCCAACCCGAAUCUCGAAGUCAAGAAGCUUGUUUACGUCUACCUCCUCCAUUAUGCAGAGUCUGAUCCAGAUCUUGCAUUGUUGUCAGUCAAUGCCAUUCAGAAGAGUCUGAGUGAUCAGAAUCCACAGGUCCGCGCCAUGGCUCUACGGACGAUGGCUGGUAUGCGGAUACCUGUAAUCAGCCAGAUUGUCUCAUUAGCUAUCAAACGAGGAGUAACAGAUCUCAGUCCACUUGUCCGGAAGGCUGCUGCCUUGGCGAUACCGAAGUGUUACGCUCUCGAUCCCAAUACUCUACCUCUGCUUAUAGACAACCUCUCCGUUCUACUUUCAGACAAGCAGUACUACGUGGUUGGUCCUGCUGCUCAGACAUUCCUUCAGCUUUGUCCGGACCGUAUAGAUCUUCUUCACAAACACUAUCGAGGACUGGUGAAGAAGGUAGUGGACAUGGACGAGUGGGGACAACUGGCUACGUUACAUCUACUCCUGACCUAUUCACGUAAAUGCUUUCCUCGUCGCAGACAGAAGUUCACCAAGGUAAACAAGAAGGGCUUCUAUGAGGAUGAGAAUGACGAGGUCGAGGAGACUGAAGAAGAUUCAGUACUCAUUGAUUCAGACCUCAAUCUUCUUCUGAAAGCAUGCCAGAUCCUGUUGCAAAACCGCAACCCGGCCAUAGUUGUUGCCGCGGCUAGCUGCUUACUAUAUCUUGGGACGGAAGAACAUAUCAAAACAACGAUAGGUCCUCUCAUAGCACUGCUCAGAACCUCAACCGAAGUACAACAGGUAGUAUUACCUAAUAUUGUGCUGAUAGCAUUGAAGCAUGCUCAGCUCUUCGUACCUUACACAACUCACUUUGUGAUCAGCGAUAGAGACCCGAGCGAAGUGUGGCGACUGAAAAUGGAGAUGCUGACUCUGAUAUUUCCUCAUGCCAACUCUCACCUCAAAGAGUUGAUUCUCAACGAAUUUGACAAUUUUUCACGAGGCUCGAAUGUCGAACAAACACAAGAAGCAGUCCGGGCGAUAGGCCGGUGUGCUCAACACGACUCACGGUCAUCAUCACGAUGUUACAAAGUCUUGCUUGCUCAGAUGACGAGUUUUGACAACGUCCUUGUGUCGGAAGUACUUACAGUUAUGCGCCAUCUCAUACAGCAGGAUCCACAGGCACACCGAAAGACGAUCAUAAGACUCUCUCGUAACCUCGAUCGAACCACCAGUCCAGAAGCUCGAGCGACAAUCAUUUGGCUUGUUGGUGAAUUUACUGGCGUGGAUCCCGAUAACAACAUCGCGCCUGACGUCCUCCGAAUACUCGCCAAAGGCUUUGCCGACGAAAGUGUGGAAGCCAAGCAGCAAAUCGUGCUCCUAGCCGCGAAAGUUUACCUACAAUAUCUACAAGCACAGCAACGAUUGUCUGAGAACCAGCACGCCGAAAAUGGCACAGAGAUUAAUGAUGUUGAAAACACCACCAAACAACUUGAUUCCAACGAUGUGAUACCUAAAAUCUGGACCUAUCUCCUCACACUGGUCCGAUACGACACAUCCUACGACCUCCGGGACCGUAUGAGACUCUUUCGAGCUCUCCUGGCAGACCCCUCAUCAACCCAGCUCGCGUCCUUACUCAUCCUAGCACCCAAACCAGUACCUCACACACCCUCACCGUCAGCUCAUCGACAGGAUCUGGCGCUCGGCUCAAGCACACUAGCCCUUGGUAGGAACAUCGCUGGAAUCAACGGCUUACCUGGAUAUGCUGGCCUCCCAGACUGGGUUGAAGAAGGGCACGAGCCAGAUCCUAAGUUGAGAGACGAAGCGGAUGGGUCAAAGGAAGAGUAUGUGAGUCAAGCGAGUAAAGUCAGCACGGUCGCUGCCAGUCAGCGCAUUGACGAGGCUAUUAAAGAGCAGGGUCUUGAGAAGGUCGUGAAAGGAUCAGGGAAGAGCAAGACUUUGGAUGAUUGGUUGGAGGAAAGUGAGGAUGAAGAGGAGGAGACAGAGACUGAAGAAGAGGAGGAUACAAGUAGUGGCGAAGAAGCCUCCGAGAGCGAGGAGGAUGAGAGCGAAAGCGAAGAUCCACAGCAACGUCUGAUGCCUAGUUGA